AACCUCAGAAGUUUUUCAUAUUGUGCGCAGUAGGGUUGAACUUGCAGCAGAUAAACGCCACCUCUCUCUCUAUCUCUCCCUCAUCGCAGCCCUUAAUAUAAAGACAGGCCCCAAAUCCUCGAGGCCCUCUCUUUCUCUCUUGCUACACUCUCUGUGUGGAAACAAUGGGUGCCUCGCUACCUCCCAAGGAGGCCAACCUCUUCAAGCUCAUUGUUAAAUCGUAUGAAACUAAACAGUACAAGAAGGGGCUGAAGGCAGCAGAUGCCAUAUUGAAGAAGUUUCCAGACCAUGGAGAAACUUUAGCAAUGAAGGGUCUAACAUUAAAUUGCAUGGACCGUAAAUCCGAAGCAUAUGAGCUUGUUAGGCAAGGAUUAAAGAAUGACCUCAAAAGUCAUGUUUGUUGGCAUGUUUAUGGUCUCCUUUAUCGCUCAGACAGAGAAUAUAGGGAGGCAAUCAAAUGCUACCGAAAUGCGCUGAGGAUAGAUCCAGACAACAUUGAGAUACUACGGGAUCUUUCACUCUUACAGGCACAAAUGCGUGAUUUGACAGGUUUUGUUGAGACAAGACAACAACUUCUGUCUCUGAAACCAAAUCAUCGCAUGAAUUGGAUUGGCUUUGCCGUUGCCCAUCACUUAAACUCAAACGCAUCAAAAGCGGUUGAAAUUCUUGAAGCAUAUGAAGGGACGCUAGAAGAUGAUUAUCCUCCAGACAAUGAACGUUGUGAGCAUGGGGAGAUGCUCUUGUACAAGAUUUCUUUGUUAGAGGAAUGUGGCUUCCUUGAGAGAGCUGUUGAGGAGUUGCGCAAGAAAGAGUUAAAAAUUGUUGACAAAUUGGAUUAUAAAGAGCAAGAGGUUUCUCUUCUGUUGAAGCUUGGUUGCCUAGAAGAAGGUGAAAAAUUGUACCGAGCAUUACUUUCCAUGAAUCCUGACAAUUACAGAUAUUAUGAAGGCCUGCAAAAAUGUGUUGGGCUAUAUUCAGAAAAUGCCCAAUUUCCUCCAGAUGAAAUUGAUCGGUUGGAUGCCUUGUACAAAUCGCUUGGGCAGGAAUACAAGUGGUCAUCUGCUGUUAAGAGAAUACCACUUGAUUUUCUGCAAGGCAACAGGUUUAUGGAAGCAGCAGAAAAUUAUAUUAGACCUCUCCUAACUAAGGGAGUUCCAUCAUUGUUCUCUGAUCUGUCUCCUUUGUACGAUCACCCUGGCAAGGCAGAUAUUCUGGAGCAACUUAUGCUCAAUUUGGAGCAUUCAAUAAAGACAACCGGCCAAUACCCUGGGAGGGCAGAAAAAGAGCCCCCUUCAACACUUUUGUGGGCGUUGUUUCUGUUGGCUCAGCACUAUGACAGACGAGGUCAAUAUGACAUUGCUCUUUCUAAGAUUGAUGAGGCUAUAGAACACACUCCAACUGUGAUUGAUCUGUACUCUAUCAAGAGCCGAAUAUUGAAGCAUGCGGGUGACCUGGCAGCUGCUGCUACAUUGGCAGAUGAGGCUAGGUGUAUGGAUCUUGCUGAUCGUUACAUAAAUAGUGACUGCGUUAAGCGAAUGCUGCAGGCUGAUCAGGUGGCUUUGGCGGAAAAAACUGCUGUAUUGUUCACGAAAGAUGGAGAUCAGCACAACAACCUUCAUGACAUGCAGUGCAUGUGGUAUGAACUUGCUUCUGGUGAAAGUUACUUCCGCCAAGGUGAUCUUGGGCGUACCCUGAAGAAAUUUUUAGCUGUAGAGAAGCACUAUGCUGAUAUUACUGAAGACCAAUUUGACUUCCAUUCUUAUUGCUUAAGGAAAAUGACUCUGCGUGCCUAUGUGGAAAUGCUCAGAUUUCAAGAUCGUUUGCAUUCUCAUGCAUAUUUUCACAAAGCAGCAGCUGGGGCUAUCAGGUGCUAUAUAAAACUGUAUGAUUCUCCUCCAAAGUCAACAGCCGAAGAAGAUGAUGAUAUGUCCAAGAUGCUUCCUUCUCAGAAAAAGAAAAUGAGGCAAAAACUGAGAAAGGCAGAAGCACGAGCUAAGAAAGAGGCAGAAGAAAAACACGAAGAAUCAAGUGCUGCUGGUGCCUCUAAGUCUGGAAAACGACAUGUCAAACCUGUAGAUCCAGAUCCACAUGGGGAGAAGUUGUUGCAGGUUGAAGAUCCAUUACUGGAAGCUACAAAGUACUUAAAGUUGCUUCAGAAGAACUCGCCUGACUCCUUGGAGACACAGCUGCUCUCUUUUGAAUUAAAUAUGAGGAAGCAGAAGAUUUUGCUUGCUUUUCAGGCUGUUAAGCAGCUGCUGAGGUUGGAUGCUGAACACCCAGAUUCGCAUCGCUGUUUGAUUAAAUUCUUCCAUAAAGUGAGGUCGAUGGCCGCUCCCGUCACUGAUACUGAAAAACUCAUAUGGAGUGUCUUAGAAGCAGAGCGUCCAACAAUCAGUCAAUUGCAUGAGAAAUCUUUGAUAGAGGGAAACAAGAUUUUCCUUGAAAAACAUAAAGAUUCUUUGAUGCAUAGAGCUGCUGUUGCAGAAAUGCUUUUUGUUUUGGAACCUGACAGAAAGUUGGAGGCUAUUAAAUUAAUCGAAGAGUCAACCAACAACAUGGUGCCCAAGAAGGGGGCACUUGGACCAGUGAGGGAAUGGAAACUCAAAGACAGUAUUGCAGUCCACAAACUCCUAGGAGCAGUACUUAAUGACGAUGCAGCUCAAUCAAGAUGGAAGGUGCGUUGUGCUGAGUACUUCCCGUACUCUACGUACUUUGAGGGGAGCCGCAGCUCUGCCAUGCCGAACUCAGCAUACAACAAGACAAGUAGGAACUCAGAAAAUGGGAGUGCAAACCAUUCAGGUGGUGAAACUGCAGAUUCCCUUGCAUCAAAUGGAAAACUAGAGGCAUUUGCGGACCUCACUGUCUGACCAUGGUGUCGAGCGUGCGAUUCUGCCUAUGUAUUUGCGAGUCACCACGGUUGAAUACUAACUCAGAGGACCAAGCUGUGGCUGAGAAAUGUGGUGGGAGGAGAGUAGGUUGCAGCUCAUGGAUGAAGAACUUGGGAGAUUUUGAGCAAGUUAUGGUGAUCGCAGUAUAGGAAUUUCUUCUUUCACCAGUUAUACCUCGCCCAAUUCUGAGAUGUAUUCUAUUUGCAAAUGUGUAUAAUUUUCACUUUCAUUGUGGUUUUAGGGUUGAGUUUUUUAUUUGCUCAGAUCAUAGACAAAGGUGCUCCGUGGGUUUGAGAUUACUAUUUAUCUUCAACAGAAUUUUUUGGUUUUCUGGAGUACCUGGUCCUACGUCCAGCCAGCAGUUCCCCGGGGCUUCUUGUACUUGCCUGUUUGAUUGGCUUAUUUAUUAUGUAUAAACAUUAAAUUAUGUGAAAAUUUUGCUGUGGAAUUCAUACACUAUAUCUACAACAAUCGGCAAAUUUUGAUCUUGUA